AAAAGUUGUGUCUGAUAUACAGUCUUUCCUAUUCUUGACGACUGGGACUUAUUGACAGGGAAAACGACCUACCUUUGACCCCGGUCAACAACAACCAAGCACCAGGAAUGGCCGCAAACUCCGUUAUCCUCGGCCUUACGGCUCUUGUGUUCUGCACUUGGGCUGUCAGCCUUGCUGGCAUUGCAUCUGUUCAGCAACAAUGCGCUGUUGGAUGGUCCGGUAUACUGAGCGGCGUCAACGGUCUGUCUGCUGGGCUAUCAUGCAUGAAGCUCUUCCGCUACUACUGGUUCAUUAUCUGCCUCGAGUUCGUCCUCAUCGUUGGCUUGGGCGCCUCCCUGGCUAGCAACGCCCUUGCGAAGACUCGCCUGUCUUGGCUGGGCCUGUUCGCAGUCGCCACCCUGCUGUACAUCCAGACCACGGACACCUUCCUGACUCUGGAGUCCAUCACUGACGACGCAUCUGGCUCCAUCAAGCACCGCGUACGCACCAUGGUUGCUGGCUCCAUCAUGACCGCCACCGUGAACGCUAUCCUGAUCGUUGCCCUGGGCACCUCCCCCGCUUCCGAGGAGGCUGCCGCCGCUACCAAGAUCUAAGCCUAAUUUGAACGAUUAACUAGGUGCCAUAUAGGAGCUAUGUACAUAACGCUGUACAUAACAGAAUGAUGAUAGUAUAGUAGCCUGUCAAUUGCAGGUCAUCCUAGAGUCAUGUGGGUUGCAUUGAUGUUGAUCUAGUGCGAUGAGACUCUGUUUCCUCCACAGUAGCCACGCGCAGAUAUGCCAAGCUCUAGUUGAUCACAUCGUUGCGUCAUUACCGCUUUCUACGCGAUCUUGCUCCAUAGCAAUCACCGACGUUCUGAUCCGUCAAAGUAGACACUCGAUAAACGAACGUUGGUGUACACGCUCCGUAACUGUAAUUGCAACUGCAUAGACGACC